UUUUAGGUUUGGAUAAGUCUUUAUCAUAUUGUUUUUUCUUGUUAUAUUAAUGGAUUUUGCUCGUGAAUUUUGGAAAUGGUUAUUUUCGUCGGGAUUACACUGACUGCUCUUCUCUGUUUCUCUGUUUCUCUCUGAGGACGUCUUCAGCCCAAACAUGAUUACAUUUGCUGGAUUCAUUUUUUUGGUCACAUCUGCGCUGCUUGGCUACGUGUGUUCGCCUCAUCUAGAUUCAGCUCCACCAAGAUGGGUUCAUGUUGCCCAUGGGUUACUCCUAUUCUUGUAUCAGACUUUUGAUGCUGUUGAUGGAAAACAAGCAAGAAGAACAAAUUCCUCGAGUCCAUUGGGAGAACUUUUUGACCAUGGAUGUGAUGCACUUGCCUGUGCGUUUGAAUCCUUAGCUUUUGGAAGCACUGCCAUGUGUGGAAGAAAUACUUUUUGGUUAUGGGUUAUUGCUGCCAUUCCUUUUUAUGGUGCUACAUGGGAACAUUAUUUCACCAACAGUCUAAUUCUUCCUACUAUAAAUGGACCCACAGAGGGUCUUAUGCUGAUCUAUCUAUCUCACUUUUUUACAGCAUUUGUUGGUGCUGAAUGGUGGGCUCAACCUUUUGGAAAAUCCUUACCAUUUUUAAGCUGGGUUCCUUUUCUUCAAGAUGUUGCGAUGAGCAGUGCUGUGAUGUUACUAAUGACAGCUUUUGGUGUUAUUCCCACGGUUGCAUUUAAUGUGUUCAAUGUCUAUAAGGUUGUUCGUGCAAGAAAAGGAAGUAUGUUACUGGCUUUAGCAAUGUUGUGCCCAUUUGCUGUACUCCUUGGUGGAGUCCUGAUGUGGGAUUACUUAUCUCCUUCAGACCUCAUAAAGAACUAUCCACACUUGGUUGUAACCGGAAGCGGCCUUGCCUUUGGAUUCUUAGUGGGAAGAAUGAUUCUUGCUCACUUGUGUGAUGAACCUAAGGGCUUGAAAACUGGAAUGUGCAUGUCACUUUUCUAUCUCCCAUUUGCGAUUGCGAAUGCUCUGACCGCAAGACUUGGUGGAGGGGUUCCUGUGUUUGGUGAGGGAUUCGUUCUGGUUGGUUACGUCAUCUACACAGGUGCUCUCUAUUUGCACUUUGCCACAUCAGUUAUUGAAGAAAUGAAAAAUUCUUUGGGAAUCCACUGCUUCAGGAUAAUGAAGAAAGAAAGCUGAAAUCCAUCUGUUAUUCUGUAAUGAGUAUUGGCUUCAAUUUGAAGGAACGAUGUAUUUAGCCACUUCAGAACCUCGGCUGCCUUCAAGUAGAUUGUACAUUGUAGGUAAAUCAUAGUAAGAUAUCCAUCAACAAUAUUCCUAUCUGAACAUGGAAUCCUGGGCAGAAUUUCUGCAUAUCAUACUUGGGUUGUAUAAAGCUUCAGAAUUCAUUCAGAAGUUUUAGUUUUCUUAUUGUAAACAUAUUAAGUUGCAUAUCUAUAUUUGUGCUUAUUAUUUUGUAUGA